CACCUCUCCAAGGCUUGCUUGUUCACCCCAGGGCCCUCCCGCUCCCAGGCCGGGGGGGCCACCAUGGCCUGCCGCUCCUGCGUCGUUGGCUUCAGCAGCCUCAGUGGCUGUGAGGUGACUCCUGCAGGCAGCCCCCGGCCUGGGGCCUCAGGAUGGAGCAGUUUGGGGGCCUGUGGACCCAGCUUCAGUUCCCGCAGCCUCACAGGCUGCCGGCCAGCUGGCACUAUACCCCAGGUGACAGUCAACCCCAGCCUCCUGGUACCCCUGGAUCUCAAGGUGGACCCAGCCAUCCAACAGCAGAAGAACCAGGAGAAGGAAGAGAUGAAGGUCCUCAAUGAUAAAUUUGCCUCCUUGAUUGGCAAGGUACAAGCCCUGGAGCAGCGCAACCAGCUGCUGGAGACCCGCUGGAGCUUCCUCCAGAGCCAGGACUCGGCCACCUUUGACCUGGGCCACCAUUACGAGGCGUUCCAGGGCCGGCUACAGGACGAACUGCGCAAAGUGAGUCAGGAGCGGGGACAGCUGGAGGCCAAUCUGCUUCAGGUGCUGGAGAAGGUGGAGGAGUUUCGAAUCCGGUAUGAGGAAGAGAUCUCCAAGCGCACAGACCUGGAGUUCACCUUUGUCCAGCUGAAGAAGGAUCUGGACGCUGAGUGUCUUCGACGGACUGAACUGGAAACCAAGCUAAAAGGCCUGCAGAGUUUUGUGGAGCUGAUGAAAACUAUCUAUGAGCAGGAGCUGAAGGACCUGGCAGCCCAAGUGAAGGACGUGUCGGUGACUGUCGAUCUGGACAGCCGCUGCCACAUCGACCUGAGCGGCAUCGUGGAGGAGGUGAAGGCCCAGUACGACGCCAUCGCGGCUCGCAGCCUGGAGGAGGCCGAGGCGUACUCCCGGAGCCAGCUGGAGGAGCGGGUGGCCCGCUCCGCGGAGUUCGGGAACAGCCUCCAGAGCAGCCGCUGCGAGAUCGCCGAUCUCAACGUGCGGAUCCAGAAGCUGCGCUCCCAGAUCCUCUCCAUUAAGAGCCACUGUCUGAAGCUGGAGGAGAAUAUCAAGGCAGCAGAGGAGCAGGGUGAGCUGGCCUUCCAAGAUGCCAAGGGCAAGCUGGCAGAGCUGGAGGCCGCCCUGCAGCGGACCAAGCAGGACAUGGCACGGCAGCUGCGCGAGUACCAGGAGCUCAUGAACACCAAGCUGGCGCUGGACAUCGAGAUCGCCACCUACCGCAAGCUGGUGGAGGGCGAGGAGAGCCGGAUGGACCUGCCCUCAGCCACUGUGAUCAGCACCGUGCAGUCUGUACAAUCCAGAGCCACAUCCGCUGCCUCCAAGUCCAGCUUCUCCAGAUCCCCAUCCAGGAAGAAGAAGACCCACAGAGGCCCCGUGAUCCAAAUUACAGAAAUGUCAGAGAAGUACCUCUCACAGGAGUCGGAGGCCUCCGAAUGAUAAGGCAGCUGGACCCCCCAGGAACCCCACUGCAGCAGGAGGGACUUAAGCUAGACUCCAGAAAAUGGCUCUGAGCUUCCACGUUGGGUAGGGAGACGAAAUCUGAUACUGAACUAAAGAAGGGUUCUAACUGGAGACCCCCCCUAUUUGUAGGUGGCCAGAAGUAGGGAGCACCACCAGCUUCACUCCCAGUCAGUGUCUCGAUCUCUCCUUUCAACCUUCUGGCAAGAGGUGUUCCUGGCUGGAUAAACGGGGACUGGGGGUCAGUCUCUGUCCACCUCCUCCCAGCCUCCUCCUCCCACAUAGGGCUCUGACCCAGGUGCUUUGACUCUUUUGCCCAAUGCUUGCCCUGAACUACUAUCUUAAGCCUCACUCUGCCUCUGCCCAGUGGUCUGAGGCCAAGGCCCUCAAUUCCCGCCCAGGCCAUGAGCUGAGCUGAAGCCGACACUCAGAGUCUAUCUCAUACCUAGAAUUCUUGGGGAUCUGGGGACUGAGGACUCCCUAGCUUUCCUGAACUUGGGCCCUCCAGAUAUCUGACAGUAUUAGGGGGUCAGGAGAAAAGAGGCCUGGGUGUCUGAGGCCUGAGCAUAGGCCUCAGGUCAACCCAGACACCCACCUGCACCCUGCUCUCCUCCUGUGGGCCCCUCCCAGGAGAUCUCAGUCAGAACUGGAAAGGUUUCCACACCACCACCACCCCCAACCAGCUCCUCAGAACCUUUUAGAAGCUACUCUGGUUUCUAUAUGCUCACGAGUAUGGGAAGCCAGAUGGCAGUCUGAGAACAAGCAGGAGAACUGGCCUUCCCUUCAUGACCUUGCCAUUCUGGGGGUCGCGUCCCAGCUGGGGUUCUGGUGUCAUGUCUCCAGCCUAGGCCUCUCUCAUCCUUGGCCUGGUGCUGCAGGCCCUGGCCAUCCCUUAGCCCACCCUGCCAGGAAACCCCAGGCCCAUUGCCCUUGCACCCCAUUUUCCAGGGCCUUUCUUUUACAUAUCCUAGAGACCCAGGACAUCUUAUCCUGUAGACUUCCCUCUUUUCUUCCCCUUCUGGCCCCUUCCGCCCUCCCAGGCUCCAGGAGGCCAUGAAGAAGGCGCAGUCCAGCAGGUCUGAGAGCUUCUGAGCCCCUGAGCUGGGCUAGGGAGCCCCAGGGCAGUCUUAAAGGGACUCAAUCCCACAAAGACAAACUGCAUCCAACAAGAAAAUCUGGCAGCCAAGUUCCUGUUGUUUUUUUCCUCUUGGCCCUCACCGCUGAGCUUUUAAAGAGUGACCAAACAGCGCCAGCCUCCCACCCCACAAGCCACCUUCUCUCCUGUCUCCUCCACUUCCUGUCUGAUCCUUUCAUCUCAUUUUCUAGGACAGGGUAUCCUAAGGCCUUAGCCCUCCAGACCUGCAGGGGGCGCUAAUGGGCAGCAGACACAGCCAUAUAAUUCCAUAUGACUCAUCCUUGAAGUCCCCCCAAAGGGUACUUAAUUGCUGCUUUCUCUCUCACCUCUCCCUCCCCCUCUCUCUAUCUUUCUCUAUCUCUCUCUAUCUCUUGGGGCUAUUUAUUGGUUUCCAUAGGAGCAAAUCCUCAGUGGGAAUAUGAAAUAUAGAAAGUAUAUGUUAUUUUUUCAUAACUUAUGUGGCUUUUAACUUAUUGCUUCCCUUCCUGUUUCUGCAUGAUCCAUGCUGUAUGUAAUAUCUGGAUUCUAGAGAACACAUACCCCAGCCACGUCGUGCAUGACAGGCUGACCCC